CGCCGCCGCAGAGCUCUGACGGAGAACCGGAGGCGCCGACGCUAUCCCCGCCGUAGCUUCUGUCCGCCGCCGAGCGCCGCCGCGUACAGUCCACCAAGAAGGGGGCGGAGAAUCCGGCGCCAUGGGGAGCGAGGCGAAGGAGAUGAAGUACAGGCGUAGGGCCAGGGCACAGGAGCCGGUGGACUACGGGCAAUGCGGCGGCGACCGGGGCGGCGGCGCGGUGGACUGGGCCGCGCUGAAGCGGCAGGACCCGGCGGAGCUGCUCCGGCAGCUCGACGAGAUACGGGCCCAGAUCACCCGGUCCUGCGAGAUCGCGGGGCCGCCGCCGCCGCCCCCGCACCGCGUGGCCCGGCGCGCGGUCUCCAUGCGCCCUUCGCACGCGGACCCUGCCCCGCCGCCGCCGCCGCUGCCGGAGUACCACCGCUCACGCCACGCCGGCCGGUACGGGCACGGCCUGCCGCCGAGCUCUUAUGACCAGCGCUCCGUGUGCGACGAGAGGUACGGGAGGCAGCCCAGCGGGAGGUUCCGGCAGCCUCAGCCGCAGCCGCGCCCGGAGGGGCAGUGGGAGGGUCAUGGGUACGGUGGUCAGGGCCACCAGAGCUCGUGUCAGUGCGCGCAGUGCGUCCACGGCCAGCGUGCCGUGCCGGCGCAGGAGGAGAACAUCCCGAUGGCGAGGUUCUUGGCAGGGCAGCAGAGGCCGUCCUACCUGUUCGACAGGUCCUCGUCGAUAUCGUCGGAGUAUGACCGGAGGUCCGCGGCGUCGUCGCUGUACUCGCACCUCUCGAUGUCGAAGAGAAGGGUGGAGUAUUUCAGGAAGAAGGCCGAAAAUUUCUGCCGGCCAGUGAAGGGCGGCGCGCCUUUCGUCGUGUGCAGCUCUUGUAACCAGCUCCUGCAGCUGCCUCCUGGGAAAUGCACAGCAAGGAGGCAAAAUCAGGUUCAGUGUGGUUCAUGCUCAGAGGUUGUUAGGUUCAAGCUUAAAGGAGUGAAAGUUCACCCUCUGGUUCCACCAUCUUCUUUCGCUGUACCGAAAAGCGUAAGGAGUUCAGACCGCCGGAAUCGCCAGAGUUCUGGGUGGUAUCCAGAGCAGGAUGAUGACAGUUCUAGUUUCGGUAGCCACCGGCAGAAACGGGAUUUUUCGGACAAUUUAUCGCAGUCUUCUACUGGGAGUUGUGGUAGCAUCGACAAAGAGCGUGUGGCGAACAAGGGCAGUCAGUUGAAACCAGUGUCUACCCGCAGAUCUAGAUUUGCGGAUAGCCCGAAAGAUAUAUUAUGUCAAGGAGAUGCAGAGAGUCAAGCGGAAGCUCCAGCUGUUCGUACAAUCAGUCCACAGGCCUUGAUUAUAGAGGACAAACUUGUUGAUCCGUUUUCCAGUCAACUAAAAGUUUGCAGCGGCUGGGAUCAAAUCAAGAGCAAGAGAUAUGGCUUAAAUUGCAAAGGGGACUAUGAUGUUAGAGGUGAGAGCAAAUCUGAACAAAAGAGCAAAGAAAGUCAGCAGGAUGGAUUUGGUGAAGAAACUAUUAACAGGGCAUAUGGACAGAAAUUUAAGCAAAGUAAUGCAGACUGGCAUGACGGUCAUGUGGGUAACAAAAACAUGAAGAAGGCCAAUAGUGAUGACAGUAGCAGCCUCGAAGAUGAAGCUAUGAGCAAAAAAUAUGAAGAAAAGAGCAAACAAGAUGACACCUUUGAAGUUCAAGGUGUCAGUAAGAGAUAUGGCAACUGCAACAAAAAUGGUUAUAACGAUGUCCUUGAAGUUGACAGCAUAACUAAGAAAAGUGAAGAAGAGAAAGGAAAAGAUGAUUGUGCUAAAUCACUGUCCUCAAAUUGUGAAAAUACCAAGAUUGUAGCCAAAAAUGAGUUAUCAGUUAAUGAGCAAAGGGAUACUAGCUCUCGUUUUUCUUCUGAAGCUGGUCUAGAUGAAUUUCAUUCUCCAGCUGGUAAGAGUGGGGAUUCAUCAUUUUUUGGUGGUUUAUUGAAGAAAGGUUUCAAGGAUCUUUCUUUGUUCAACCAGUCUAUGGACAAUGUCAAGGUUUCGAUCAAUGGUCAUUCAAUCUCUGAACGUGCUCUUCGGAGGGCAGAGAAAAAAGCUGGUCCUGUUGGCCCUGGUUCAUAUUGGUAUGAUCAACGUGCUGGAUUUUGGGGUGUCAUGGGGCAUGAGUGCAGCGGCAUUAUCCCUCCAUUAAUAAGAGAAUUCAGUUACUCGAUGCCCAAGGAUUGUGCCGGUGGGAAUACUGGAGUUCUUGUGAACGGCAGAGAACUUCAUCAGAAAGAUUUUGAUUUGCUUGUAAAGAGAGGCCUUCAACGAUUCACUGGAAAGUCAUAUACCGUGGAUAUCUCAGGAAAUGUGAUCGAUGAUACAACUAACCAGAAAUUACGCAACCUUGGAAAGCUUGCUCCUACAAUCGAGAAGAUGAAACGUGGCUUUGGCAUGCACACCCCUGAAGAGACAAGUUAGCACUUUGUGGUGCUUUGGCAUGCACAUUCCUGAAGAGAUAAGUUAGCUUUUUAUCUAUGGUGUUGUUUCCUUGUUUGAUACGGGGUAUCCUCCAUCUUACUACACCCAUAAGCUGCCUAUGGGGGUAAACUCGUUGGACCCUGCCACCCUGGUAUGAAGUAGCUUUUUAAAUCAUGCCCCGACUACAAUCUGUGUGAGUGUGCAGCAGCCGCAAUACUCCAGAAACUGAGGCCACUACAUGCUACCACUAUUACUCGUCAAACCUAUUUCCACAAAUUUCAGUCCUGUUACUUGCAAUGUUCGUUGGAUAUAUCUGCUAAUCAUCUGGGCAGCUUCAAGUGUCUCCUGUUAUGAUGUUUUUCUCAUCUACCGCAUAUGCUCUCGAUACAGUUUUCCUCAGCAUAGGUAGCACUGGAAUGUUUGUCUGUAUGGGCUUCUAAUGUACUGGUAGAAUCUUUCUACCUGCUAGAACUGUAAAUAUCAUCUCCUAAGUCCUAAACCACCUCCUGCUUGGUGGCUGAUGUGUGUGUCCACUUUGCUAUCUGAAA